AUGAUUGGCACCAAGCUACCUCUUCCGCGAAAGGAUGGUCCCACAGGGCUACUUUGUCCAGUGUGUGCGACCCAGAUGAAGUACCAGAGGGCCAAUGCCGACUCUUGGCUCAUAGGCUGCCUGACUGCCCAAAACGAACACAAUUGGAAGACUUGGAAGUGCAACCAACUAAACCACAAGAUAGCCCUCAUCAACUUUGGGGUACCCAGACCAAUUGUAUCUACCUACCUGGACUGGGGCCCACGGAUCUCACCUCAAGGUCAAAUCCUCGAAGACGCGCCUUUGCAUGGAGCCGAAGGAGCUCGUGGUCAUCCUUACGCUAGGCCAGCACCAGGACGCGCCAAAAAACGAACGUUGCCAGCCCUGCAGUGUAAACGCAUACACAAGGGUUCACUUUCUCAAAACCACAAGAAGGCAGCCAACCAAGGCUGUGCGUCUCAGUACUGCGUUGGAUGCUGCAACGCUUACUCCUUGGUGGAAUGCCGCGUUCAUCCUCGUCUGCCGGUAGUUCCUUGUGUUCCAUCGACCAAUGCUCAUGGCCUGACUGAUCAGCAACUCACCGCAUUAGGUAUAACACCUCAGCAACUUGCUGCAGUAGGCGUCAUCCAAGCAGGCACCUCGGGCCCUUCAAACGGAACGAUACCUUCCUCCCCUGCGGACACCCUGGGGCGCCGAGUGCCCUUUGAAACCAUGGCUAUGAUUCAGAGGAACCGUGCUCAGCGCGAUGAAGCAGCCGAACGUCGGACUUCAAGCCAGGUUGACAUUACCAAGGUAGCCACAAUCCAUUUAUGGGUAAACUCGGUCAAAUCACAGCGUUUAGACGCAUUCUUUCCACAGUGGCCUCUAUAUUAUCUGGACCAAAGCGAGCUCCUGCUGGAGGCCGUUCAUAAAGCGGUAGGCCCUUUGUGGAACCGAGCAUUGAGCAUAUGGGAUCCCAAACUCAAGGCCUGGUGCGACACACUUGUCAACUACCCACGUCGAAACCCAACAGACCAACGCACCAUCAUUGUGCGUCUCCAGUCUGCGGUGGUUCCCCAAUCGGCCCUUCCGAGUAGGUCAACAUCUGGUCCCUUGCCACCGGCCUCCGCGUUUCUCUCAAAAACAUCACUUCCUCCUAUAUGCGAUACACCUUCCUCCCCGGGGUCACCUGGCCAUUCUCAACGUCAAGUCAGUAGUAGUGAUCAGUUAGAUGCAGCGGACCCACCGAAACCACUUUGUUCUAGCCAGCAAGGACCUCCUCUCACACACGGGGCCAUCAUCGAUUUGACCACCGACCUUCCCGAAUUGGUCACAGCUCAGCCUUUGGAAGACCCUGUCCCAUCCAACCCUGAUAUCACGGUGGCAGGGUCUCCAGAUGCUGCACCUCAAGAACCUGCCAAUCAGCUUGGAAAUGUAACCGACAAUUCAGGUAGCCCUGAUAAACAAGAACCUUCUAAAGUGUACGCGAACAUUCAUGAGGCCAUUCUCCCAUUGUCUACCCGAGCUACACUGACAGCAUCUUGUACGACUCUCCCCAGGUUGCCCAAUCUGGUUUUGGCUCAAGUACUUCAAAAGGGCUGGCCAUCAUCAUCGGUGCCCAUUGCAAAGAUACUCGCAUGGUAUAAGGAUCAACAGGGUGGCAACGCGCCACAGCGAUGGAAGGAGCAUUUUGGUGGUGAGUGGAAAUAUGUGGAGGGCACUAUGUAUUGA